AUGAACGCCAAGUUCCUGUUCGCGGCUUUCUGCCUUCUGGGCUUCGUCGCCUCGAUGCAGGCGUCCAAUGUCGCCGACCUCACCGAUGAUUCCUUCGCCGAGUUCAUCGCCAACAAUGAGUUUGUCCUUGCCGAGUUCUACGCCCCCUGGUGCGGCCACUGCAAGCAGCUUGCCCCUGAGUAUGAGAAGGCUGCCGAUCAGCUCCUCGAAGCCGGAAGCCCGGUCAAGCUCGCCAAGGUCGAUUGUACCGUCCAGCAGCAGAUCGCUCAGCAGUUUGAGAUCCAGGGUUACCCCACUCUGAAGUGGUUCAGGAACGGCAAGGCCACCGAGUACCAGGGUCCUCGUGACGCCUCUGGCAUCGUCGCUUGGGUGAACAAGAAGAGCGGUCCCCCCACUCACACCCUCACCGACAAGGCUCAGCUCGACGCUCACAUUGCCGCUGGCACCGUCGUCGUCGGUUUCUUCGAGAAGGACUCUGACGCGCACAAGGCCUUCGUCGCCGCUGCCCAGAGCCCCCAGGCUGAUUCCUUCACUUUCGUCGAUGUCGUCUCCGAGGACCUCAUCAAGGAGGCUGGUGAGAAGGUCGGUACCGUGAAGCUCUACAGGAGCUUCGACGAGCCUCUUGCCCUCGAGGGUGAGGUCACCGAGCAGGCCGUCGUCUCCCUCGUCACCGGCCACGGAUUCCCCUAUUUCGAGCCGGCCCCCGUCGCGUGGGCUCGCCUCAUUGGCCGCGGCCUCGAGUAUAUCCUCCUGAUCGUCGCUGAUGUCACCGAGGAGGACGUGUGGAACCCCAUCAACACCUUUGCCACCAAGCUGGCCAAGCAGUACGCCGACAAGGUUGGCUUCGUCUACCUUACCAAGGAGUUCUUCCCCCGCGUCACCCAGUUCGGUCUGAGCGGCAAGCACUUCCCCGCUGCCCUGGUCAUGGCUCCUCACCGCGAGAAGACGUUCCUCCUCGACGAGCAGACCCCCAUCACCGAGGAGGCUCUCAAGAACUUCGUCGAUGGCGUGCUCGAUGGCACCAUCGCCCCUAGCUUCAAGUCGGAUGAGGCUCCCGCGUCCAACGAUGGCCCCGUCACCAUCCUCGUAGGCAAUACCUUCGAGGACUUGGUCAUCAACAACGACAAGGACGUCCUGGUCGAGUUCUAUGCCCCCUGGUGCGGCCACUGCAAGAGCCUCGAGCCGAUCUACGAGGAGCUUGGUGAGCGUUUCGCGGACAAUGACAAGAUCGUCAUCGCCAAGAUGGACUCCACCACCAACGACAACGACCACGUCGCCGUCAAGGGAUUCCCCACGAUCGUCUUCUUCCCCGCUGGCAGCAAGGACAAGCCCGUGACCUAUGAGGGUCCCAGGACCGUUGAGGGCUUCGUCUCCUUCCUGAACCAGCAUGCCACCAACCUGCAGGGUUCGCCCCUCGCCGUCGAGGAUCCUGAGCACGAUGAGCUGUAA